CAUCGCCAUGCUCUGGGUGACAGCCGUGGGGGCAGCCACGGGGCGCUGGUGCGAGCGGACGGUGCCGGUGACGGAGCAGCAGGAGGUGACGCCGCGGCGCGAGGCCGCGGUGCCGUGUCCCAGUUUGUACCAGUACAGCCUGGCCGGGUGGCGGCUGGACCGGGACCGCACGCGCCGGGAGCGCGGGAAUUCCCCCGGGGACACCGGCACCGACCCCGCCCUCUGCUACGUCUACCGCCCCCCGGAGAUGCAGCCGGUGGUCCGGAACCGCACGGAGCGUGGCUGCUGUCCCGGCUGGAGCGGCGCCCGCUGCACCGAGGGCCCCGGCUCCCUGGGCCGCUGUUUCAGCGCGUGGCAGUGCCAGGACAGCGCCGGCGGCCACAACGGCAGCGCCAUGAGCCGCGCCGAGUGCUGCCAGCACCCCUGGGGACACAGCUGGCGCCGCGGGGACACCGAGGGGCCCUGCCUGCCCUGCACCCGCCUGCCCCUGGGCGGGGACGGGGGGUCCCCGCGGCACCGCAGCCCCCCGGCCACGUGCCAGGCCUGGGCCGGCUCGCGCUUCCGCACCUUCGACGGGCGGCACUUCGGCCUCUCGGGGGGCUGCCGGCACAGCCUGGCCACGGCCACCGACGGCACCUGGGACGUCACCAUCGGUCUGGGACACCCCCAGGUGCUGCACAUGACCUUUGGGACAGACACGGUGGUGGCCCAGGGACGGAACGUGUCGGUGAAUGGGGCAGCAGUGCCGGAGGGACGCCCCUACCUGCACAAAGGGCUCGGUGUCACCUGGCCGGGUGACUGGGUGGCCGUGGCCAGCAGCCUGGGUGUGCGGGUGGCCUGGGACGGGCACCUGGCGGUGACAGUGACAGCGGAGCCCGAGCUGCGCGGUGGCACCUGGGGGCUCUGUGGCACCUACACCGACGACCCUGCAGAUGACUUCCUGCUCCCCGACGGGGACAUCGCUGCCGUCGCCGCCGCCUUCGGCAACGCCUGGAAGGUGCCGGUGGCCGGCACAGAGCCCCCGUGCAGGGACGUGCCGGAGGGUGGCGGCAGGUGUGGCCCCGGCGAGGUGGCAGCGGCGGUGGCCACGUGCGGGCGGCUGCUGGCCCAGCCCUUCCGGCAGUGCCACGGCGAGGUGGACCCCAGCGGGUUCUAUGCAGCGUGUGUGGCGCUGCUGUGCGGGGACGGGGACCCUGUGUCACCCCCCGGUCCCCUGCCAUCCCCCGGUCCCCUGUCACCCCCCGGUCCCCUGUCCCCCCACGGUCCCCCGCCCUCCGCCGCCUGCGCCACCUUCGCCGCCUACGCCCGGGAGUGCUCCCGCCGCCAGGUCGAUGUCCCCUGGCGCCAUCCCGGCUUCUGCGAGCGCCGCUGCGACGCGGGGCAGCGCUUCUCCGACUGCGUGUCCCUGUGCCCGGUCACCUGUGUCACCGCGGGCGGCGCCGAGCAGGGGACCUGCCACCGCCACUGCCACGGCGGCUGCGAGUGCGGCCCGGGGCUGGCCCGGGACGGGGCGCGCUGUGUCCUCCCGGCCGCCUGCCCCUGCCACCACCGGCGACAGCGCUACGAGCCCGGCCAGAGCAUCCGCCAGCGCUGCAACCGCUGCACGUGCGAGGGUGGCCGCUGGCGCUGUGACCAGCAGCGGUGCCCGGCCGAGUGCGCGGUGCUGGGGGGACGUCACUUUGUCACCUUCGACCGCCGCCGCUUCUCCCUGCCGGCCGCCUGCGCCCACACCCUGGUGGAGGACUUCGUGGCGGGGCGGCUGCUGAUCACAGCCGAGCACGAGCCGUGUGACAGCCCCCGGCCCCUGGGCUGUCCCCGCAGCCUCACCGUCACCACCAGCCGCACCACGGCCCGGCUGCACGGCACAGGGGAGGUGACAGUGGCCGGGCGGGAGGUGACGCUGCCCUUCUCCGGUGCCGAGCUGAGCAUCCGCCGCGCGUCCUCGGCCUUCCUGCACCUGCAGCUGCCCGACGCCCACCUGCUCUGGGGCCUGGGGACCCCCGACACCUUCGUCACCCUCCAGCCCUCCAUGGCCGGCACGGUGAACGAGCCGUGUCCCGGGGGGCAGCAGUACCUGGACUGUGGGGGUCCCUGCGGCCGUUCCUGCUCAGAGCCCCCCGGAGCCAGUGACUGUCCCCCCCCGGACACCCUCUGUGUCCCCGGCUGUCGCUGCCCCCCGGGGCUGCUGCUGGCCCAGGGGGGCCAGUGUGUCCCCCCUGCCGCCUGCCCGUGUCCCCGCGGCGCCCGCCUGUACCCCCCCGGCGCCCGCAUCCACCGCGGCUGCCAGGCCUGUGUGUGCGCAGGGGGGUCGUGGCGCUGCGCCCCCGCCCCGUGUCCCCCCGGCCCGCGCUGCCCCCCGGGGCUGCUGCACGCCCCCGGCUCCUGCCUGCGCCGCUGCGACCCCGCCGAGCCCUCCGGCACCUGCGGCGGCCCCGCCGACGGCUGCGUGUGUCCCCCCGGGACCCUCUUCCUGGUGGGGACCCGCGUGUACGUGCGCGUGUCCCCGCGGCUGCGCGGCCGCCUGGCCGGGCUCUGCGGCAACUUCGACGGCGACGCCGAGAACGAUUUCGGGAGCCCGGACGGGGCCCUCGAGGCGACCCCCGAGGUCUUUGGGGACUCCUGGCGCCUCAGCCCGCUCUGCCCCGAGGCCGACGGCCACCGCCCGCACCCCUGCGAGGCGGUGUCACCAUGUCGGGCUCCACGGUGCCACCAAGGUGGUGUCACCAUGCGGGGUCCCUGGUGCCGCACGGGGUGUCACCAUGCGGGGUCCCUGGUGCCGCUCGGGGUCCGCGGUGCUGGUGGCACCUCGGGGGGGUCCCGCUGGUCCGCGGUGCCAGCCCUGCCCGCCGCGGUGCCCGCAGGGACCCGCGUGUACGUGCGCGUGUCCCCGCGGCUGCGCGGCCGCCUGGCCGGGCUCUGCGGCAACUUCGACGGCGACGCCGAGAACGAUUUCGGGAGCCCGGACGGGGCCCUCGAGGCGACCCCCGAGGUCUUCGGGGACUCCUGGCGCCUCAGCCCGCUCUGCCCCGAGGCCGACGGCCACCGCCCGCACCCCUGCGAGGACAGCCCCCAGCGCUCGGCCUGGGCGCGGGCUCGCUGCGGGGUCCUGCGGCACCGGCUCUUCGCCCCCUGCCACGACCUGGUGCCCCCCCAGCGCUUCUACGAGUGGUGCCUGUUCGACGCCUGCGGGUGUGACAGCGGCGGGGACUGCGAGUGCCUGUGCACGGCCCUGGCCGCCUACGCCGAGGAGUGCGGCCGGCGGGGGAGACCCCUGCGCUGGCGGAGCCAGGGGCUGUGCCGUGAGCCCGGGGCCUGGGGGGCACGGGGGGACCGGGAGAGGACUGGGGGGUCCGGGAGGGGCUGGGAGGUCACGGUGCCACCCCUGUGCCCCCCCUCAGACGGGCUGUGCGUGGAGCCCCCCGCCUGCCCCUGCUUUUGGGACGGCUUCGCCUUCCCGGCCGGGACCACCGUGACCCAGGGCUGCAGCAACUGCACGUGCCUGGGGGGGCGCUGGCAGUGCCCCCCGAGCCCGGCCCCGUGUCCCGCCGCCCCCGGCUGCGCCCCGUGGGAGUUCCGCUGCCGGGGCGGGGGUCUCUGCGUGCCGGGGGCGUGGCUCUGCGACAACGAGGACGACUGCGGGGACGGCUCGGACGAGCUGUGCGACCCCCCCUGCGCCCCCCAGCAGCCCCGCUGCCCCGGCGGGCGCUGCCUGCCCUGGGGGGCGCGCUGCGACGGUGUCACCCACUGCCCCGACGGCUGGGACGAGGCGGGGUGUCCCCCCCGGGCCUGCGCCCCCCCCGAGUUCGCCUGUGCCGGGGGUCGCUGCCUCCCCCCUGCGCGGGUCUGCGACGGGCGGCUCGAUUGUCCCCCCGGGGACGACUCGGACGAGGCGGGCUGCGCCCCCCGCUGCGGGCCGGGGCAGUUCAGGUGCGGGGGGGGCCGGUGCGUCCCCUACCCCCACCGCUGCGACGGCCGCGACGACUGCGGCGACGGGAGCGACGAGAGCGGCUGCGCCUGCCCCGAGGGGCACCUGCCGUGCCCCGGGGGGGGCUGCCAGCCCCCCGCCGCCAUCUGCGACGGCCGCCGCCACUGCCCCGACGGCGCCGACGAGGCCAAUUGUCCCGCGCGGGCCACCUGCGCCCCCGGGACGGUCCCCUGCCCCGACGGCUCCUGCGUGCCGGAGGUGGCCGUGUGCGACGGCGCUCGCGACUGUCGCGACGGCUGGGACGAGAGUCCGGCGGGGUGCGCGGUGGCGCUGCCCCCCGCGCCGCUGUCACCUGUCACCGCUGUCACCGCUGUCACCGCCACUGUCACCGCUGUCACUGGCAUCGUCGCCGACGCUGUCACCGCUGUCACAGCCGACACUGCCAUCGCGGUCACCAGCGCCAUCGGCACUGUCGCCAGCACUGUCACUGUCAGUGACACUGACGCUAUCGCCGACGCCGCCCCCGACACCGCUGCUGUCACCGCCGCUGUCCCUGCCGCUGUCACCGCCGCUGUCACCGCCCCGGCAGCGCCCUGUCCGCCCCGGUCCCUGCGCUGCGACAGCGGCGGGUGCGUCCCGCGGGGGUGGCGCUGCGAUGGCGACAGCGACUGUCCCGAUGGCAGCGACGAGGGAGGCUGCGACCCGCCGUGCGCCCCCGGCCACCUGCCCUGCGACCCCCCCUGCGAGCCCGGGCGCGGCCCCUGCGCCCCCGCCUGCGUCCCCCCGGGCCGCCUCUGCGACGGCGUCCCCGACUGUCGCGACAGCGCCGACGAGAGCCCCCGGCUCUGCGAGCCCCCCGGGCCCGGGAGCAGCCCGCGGAGUCCCUGCGCAGAGUUCGACUGCGGGGACGGGGAAUGUGUCACCUUCCAUCAGGUGUGUGACGGGCUGCGGGACUGCGCCUCGGCUGGGGACGAGCGGGGCUGCGGCCUCUGGGGGCCCUGGGGGCCCUGGGGGUCCUGCAGCCGCCCCUGCGGGCCCGGGGGGCAGCGCCGCGCCCGGGGGUGUCACCAGCGCCGCCCGGGGCUGCUGCGGGGCUGCCGCGGGCCCCGCGAGCAGGAGCGGCCCUGCUUCCACCGGGCCUGCCCGGCCCCCUGUGCCCCGGGAGGGUGCCCCAACGCCUCGGGGUGCGCGGAGGGGCUGCGCCCCCUCCCCUGCGCCCCCUGCCCCGCCUCCUGCUCCGACCUGGCUGCCGCCGUCACCUGCCCGCGACCCCCGCCCUGCCGCCCAGGGUGCUGGUGCCCGGCGGGGCAGGUGCUGGACGCGGGCCCCGCGGGGUGCGUGCGGCCGCGGCAGUGCCCGUGCGGGGCCGGGGGGCGCCGCUACCCCCCGGGAUCCCCGGUGCCCCUCGGCUGCCGCCUCUGCACCUGCCUCGAGGGACAGCUGCGACACUGUCGCCCCCACCCCGGCUGCUCAGUGGACUGCGGGUGGUCGUCCUGGUCGCCGUGGGGCGCGUGCGCUGGCGGCUGCGGGACCCCCGGCGUGCAGUGGUCGUUCCGCAGCCCCUCGAACCCGGCCCGGCGCGGGGGGGGCCGCCACUGCCGCGGCAUCUACCGCAAGGCGCGGAGGUGCCGCACGGCGCCGUGCCCGCGGUGCCAGCAGCGGGGCCGCUGGCGCGUCCCCGGCGAGCGCUGGCGGGGGGGGCCGUGCCAGCUGUGCCAGUGCCUGCCCGGCGGGGCCGUGCGCUGCGUCCCCUACUGUCCCCUCCGCGAGUCCGGCUGUCCCCAGGGCCAGGCGCUGCGGGAAGGGGACGCCGGCUCCUGCUGCUCCUGCGGCCCCGCGGGUGACAACGCCACGGCCACCCCGCCCGGGAUGACGACGGCGCUGUCCCCGCCCGGUGCCGAGGCCCCCGGCAGCCCCGGCCCCACGGCCGGGCCCGAGGGGCCCAGAAGCGCCGAGACCCCCCCGGAGUCCCCCAGCGCAGCCGGGGGCACCCCCAGAACCGUGACCCCGUCCGAGGACACCCCGAGACCCCCCGGAGGCUCCGCGACCCCCUACGAGACGGAGUUGUCCCCGCUGGCUCCCACGGGGGUGCCCGCCGCGACCCCCCCAGGCUGCGCCCCCCUGCCCUGGGGAGGGUGGGGGUCCUGCAGCCGCUCCUGCGGGGUGGGGGUCGCUCUGCGGCGCCGGAGGGAGACCCCGCCCGAGGGGGGCUGCGCCCACACCCCCGACACCGACACCCGCGUCUGCUUCCUGCGAGCCUGCCCAGUGGCGGGCGGGUGGGCGCCCUGGGGGUCCUGGAGCGCCUGCGACGCCCCGUGCGGGGGGGGACAGCAGAGCCGCGGCCGCAGCUGCAGCGACCCCCCCCCAAAAAACGGGGGGCGGCCGUGCGAGGGAGGGGCCCUACAGAGCCGGCCCUGCAACCUGCGGCCUUGCGGGGACCCCCCAGGCUGCCGGUGCCGGCCCGGGCUGGUGCUGCAGGGGAGCGGCUGCAUCGAGCCCAGCGCCUGCAGGGUCCCUGCGGGGGUGAUGGGGGUCCCCGGCAACCGGGGCCCCCCUGAAUCCUGCGGGUGGUCGCGCUGGACCCCCUGGACCCGCUGUGACUGCGGCACCGGGACCCGGCAGCGCUUCAGGUCUCCCACCAACCCCUCGGCCGCGGCGGGCGGUGCCCCCUGCACCGGGACCCCCCGGGAGGUUCGGGGCUGUCCCGAGCUCUGCAGACCCGAGCCCGAGAGCGCGGGGCCACCUGGGGCCACCGAGGCGCCCUGGCCCCCGGGGUCCCCACGGCCACCGGGGGGCACAGAGAGCCCAGAGUCCCCGGGGUCGCCGUGGGCGCUGGAGCCCGCGUGGGGCACGGAGCUGCCUUGGGAGCCGGGGUCCCUGGAGCCGGCGUGGGGCACGGAGACCCCGGAGACCCCCGAGCCCCCGGAUACCCCCGAGCCUCCCGAGUCCCCCGAGUCCCCGGAGUCCCCGGACGCCGCGCUCGGCCGGUGGUGGCCGUGGAGCACGGGGUCCCCGGGGGUGCCGGUGUCGCCGCGGAGCACAGAGCCCGCCCUGGCCCCCGCGCCGCCGCUCCCCGCCCGUGGCCGGUGGUCGCCGUGGGGGCCCUGGGGCGGCUGCAGCGCUCCGUGCGGGGGGGGCGAGCGCUGGCGCCGCCGGGGCUGCGGGACCCCCCCGUGCCCGGGGCCGGCGCUGCAGAGCCAGAGCUGCCACAGCCACGUGUGCCGCGAGGCGGGGUGCCCCCCGGGCCGGACCUUCCGUGAGUGCGGGGGGGGCUCCGGGUGUCCCCGGAGCUGCGCCCACCUUGGGGGGGCCGUGGGCGCCUGCAGGGUCCCUGCGGGGGUGAUGGGGGUCCCCGGCAACCGGGGCCCCCCUGAAUCCUGCGGGUGGUCGCGCUGGACCCCCUGGACCCGCUGUGACUGCGGCACCGGGACCCGGCAGCGCUUCAGCGGGGGGUCGUGCCCCACUCCCCACUCCCCACAGGUCUCCCACCAACCCCUCGGCCGCGGCGGGCGGUGCCCCCUGCACCGGGACCCCCCGGGAGGUUCGGGGCUGUCCCGAGCUCUGCAGACCCGGUACGUGCCAGGAUCCCCCCGACCCCCGGGCCCCGGAGCUGGGACCCCCGAGUGCCACCGGGGCCCCUCGAUCGUCUCGUGUCCUUCUGUCCCAGAGCCCGAGAGCGCGGGGCCACCUGGGGCCACCGAGGCGCCCUGGCCCCCGGGGUCCCCACGGCCACCGGGGGGCACAGAGAGCCCAGAGUCCCCGGGGUCGCCGUGGGCGCUGGAGCCCGCGUGGGGCACGGAGCUGCCUUGGGAGCCGGGGUCCCUGGAGCCGGCGUGGGGCACGGAGACCCCCGAGCCUCCCGAGACCCCGGAGACCCCCGAGCCCCCGGAUACCCCCGAGCCUCCCGAGUCCCCCGAGUCCCCGGAGUCCCCGGACGCCGCGCUCGGCCGGUGGUGGCCGUGGAGCACGGGGUCCCCGGGAGUGCCGGUGUCGCCGCGGAGCACAGAGCCCGCCCUGGCCCCCGCGCCGCCGCUCCCCGCCCGUGGCCGGUGGUCGCCGUGGGGGCCCUGGGGCGGCUGCAGCGCUCCGUGCGGGGGGGGCGAGCGCUGGCGCCGCCGGGGCUGCGGGACCCCCCCGUGCCCGGGGCCGGCGCUGCAGAGCCAGAGCUGCCACAGCCACGUGUGCCGCGAGGCGGGGUGCCCCCCGGGCCGGACCUUCCGUGAGUGCGGGGGGGGCUCCGGGUGUCCCCGGAGCUGCGCCCACCUUGGGGGGGCCGUGGGGUGCGCGGGGGGGUGCCAGGAGGGCUGUCACUGCCCCCCCGGGACCUUCCUGCACCGCCGCACCUGCCUGCAGGUGAGACCCCCCGGGCGAGCCCCCAAGGGCGCUGCCCCCAAAUCCUGGGGCGGGGGGGGACCCUGCGGGCCCCCCCAGGAGCAGGCUCGGAGCUGCGAGGAGGCGCCGUGCCCCCCCCUGUGCCCCUGGGCGGGGGGCGAGCGGGCCCUGGGCGAGCGCUGGAGCCCCGGCCCGUGCCGGCAGUGCACCUGCACCCCCGAGGGACCCGAGUGCUGGGACACGCCGUGUGCGGCCGAGCCGUGUGUCUGGAGCCCCUGGGGGCCCUGGGGGCCCUGCGGAGACCCCUGUGCGGGGGGGUCCCGCCUGCGCCACCGGCACCCCCUGAACGCCGAGCCCCCCGGGCGGGCGUGUGCGGGGGUCCGCACCCAGAGCGAGAGCUGCAGCUCCAGCGCCUGCCCCGGUAACCCCCGCGCUGCCCCCCCGCCCGCCCUGUCCCCCGCCGUGUCCCCCUGGUCCCCCUGGUCGCGCUGCUCCCGCAGCUGCGGCGGCGGCACCCGGAGGCGGCAGCGGCAGUGCCGGGAGGGCCCCGCGGCGGGGCCGCGCUGCGGGGAGAGCCCCGGGGAGGAGACGGCGGCGUGUAACCCCCAGGCGUGCCCCGUGCCGUUCCCGGUGGCCCCAAGCUGCCCCCCGGGCGAGGUAUGGCUGGACCCCGGCCCCGCCUGCGAGCGCAGCUGCCAGGACCUGGCGGAGCCCCCCGGGACCUGCGGGGGGACCCCUGCGACCCUCGGUACCUCCGGGACCCCCGGGACCCCCGUGACUCCGGGCAGCUCCAGCACCCCCGGGAUGCCCGCGGCCCCCACGACCCCCGGCACUCUCGGGACCCCCUCGCCCCCCCCG